AAGUGAAUGCUUUAGUUAUUUCUUCUCGUAAAACACUAACAGUUUUUCAGCUCCACCGACACGGACAGCUGUUUUUCCUGCUUGUUUCCUUCUGAAUUCGUGAGGAUAUUUUAUUUUGCAAGAGAAAUUCGAGGCGGGAAAACCAUACAAAAAAAGAAGCAGCUCUAUUCUAUUUCGCUGUUUCCUGCUCUUUCGGAUAAAUGGCAGGUUUAUCGCAUUCUCUUCAUAAAGACUAUUCUGUGGCUGCAGCUUAAAAAUUUUGAUGAGAAAAAAUUAGGGUGUAAAAAAGGAGUUCUCUAAGUUUCCAUUCCUCAAGAUAUUUUUAAAAAAAUAAAUAGAAAAAACUUCUGCGGGCUUUCUAAUUUGCUUCUUACUUUACCAGCAUUUGUUUCCAAGCUAAUAUAAAGAUGUCUUUCCAUUGGAUUCAAGAAUAAAUUCAUUUUUAAUCAACUAUCAAAGUAAAAUGGGGUUUUGGAACCAACUAUAUCUUCUGCUAUGGAAGAACUUUACUCUUCACAAGAGACAAAAGGUCCGCCUUAUUGUGGAAAUAGUGUGGCCUUUAUCUCUUUUUCUCAUUCUAAUGUGGGUUAGAAGUAAAGGCUUAAAAUUUGCUGCCCAUCAAUGUUAUUUUGAUGAGAAGGCUAUGCCUUCUGCUGGCAUCAUCCCCUUCCUUCAAAACUCUCUCUGCACCUUCAACAACACCUGCUAUCCAACUGUCCACAAUGAGGAUGCUCGGGAUUCUCUUAUAGGUUUUAAUACUUCUUUAAUUGUAGAUUUUCUUGAAGAAUUAGAAGAGACUGUUAGUGAUCAUUUUACAAAAGAUGACAAAAAAUUUCUUGACCGAGGUUUGCAAGAUUUUGAAAAUAUAAAUCAUUUUAUAAAAAAACUAACUGAUCCUGAAGUUCCUAUUUAUGGUGGCUUAGAUGCAAAUAAUUUAUUAAAGAGCAAAUCAGCUUUUCGGAGGGCACUACGUCAGAAAAAUGUAAAAUUGUCGAGACCAGCAUUUGAUGCAUUGACAUCUUCUAAUAUUAAUUUUGCAGGCAUACAAAAGAUAUUCGAUCGAGGACGUCAAAGUGUUGUGGAUUAUCUGUGUCAGGACAAGGGACUAGAUCAUCUCCUUGAUGCUCCUUCUUUCAAUGAAGAUGCUCUUUAUCAAGAACUCUGUGGAUUUAGUUAUACCAAAAUGAGAAAAUUUUCUGUAGAAUUAGCAAAGCAUCUAAACUAUAAUGAACUUCUGUUUCAGUUAUCAAAUGUUACUUAUAACAAUACUGGAAGGAAUUUACAUAUACAUGAAUGGCAACAUAUCAUGAGUUCAACUGCAGACAUGCUAAAAGAUCUAAGGAAUUUGAAUGGCCUCUACAAUUUACUAUUGAACUUUGAUACUACUUGGCAAAAAUUGGUAGAAGUAUUUAUAACUGAUGAUGAAAAUAAAACUUCACAAUUGAUUCAGUUAUUUACUUGUGGUCGGAACAUGUCUUCUCUAUUUGACCAAGAUCAAGGUGGACCAGCACGCCAUUUUGAAGAAUUAAGACAGCAGAUGAAGAAUGAAAGAGAAUAUUUUAAGAAUGAUGACUUCAAAUAUAUAUAUGACAAUACUACAACUCCCAAAUGCAACAAUUUAUUUCGAACUCUGGAGCAAAAUCAACUGACAAGAAUGUUGUGGAGUCAAAUGAAACCUUUUGUUAGAGGAAAAAUUAUUUAUUCACCAAAAAAUAGAGCUGUUGAUAAAAUUAUUUCCAGAGUGAACCAAACAUUUCAACCCCUCGUUGAUGCUGUUGAAUUUAGUAACCAAUGGCUGAACCACUAUUCUCAUUAUGUAUCUGAUUUUUUAAAAAACAAUUCAAAACGUUUUGAACUCUUGGAGGAAUUAUUUAAACCAGAAAACUUUCCUUAUGAGGAUAUUCUCGGUGAUUUGCUCAUCAACACUUCUCUGUCAGGAAACACAACAGCAACAGCUCUUUCCCUUCUACAAUCUAUAAAUGAAUUGGCUAGAAAUCUGUUUUUAAAUACUACUGCUUGGUUUGACAAAGUGAAUGUGGUAGUUGAAGAAGUGAGAGAUUACUUGCAGUGCUUCGAAUUGAACCGGUUUGAUGGCUAUGAUAAUGAAGGUGCUAUAGAGCAGAGAGGUAUGGAACUCAUUAAGGACAACAAGUUGUGGGCAGGAGUUGUAUUUACUAACCUGCAUGGAAAAAAACAUCUGCCUCAUUACAUUCAGUACAAAAUUCGUAUGGCCUCUAGCAAGGUGGACAGCACCAAGAGAGUAGAAGAUAGAUUCCACACCCCAGGACCCAGAAGAAGACCAGGUAUUGACUUGAAAUACAUAACCUUUGGUUUUGCUUACCUUCAAGACAUGAUUGAGCAUGCUAUCAUCAAAGAGCAAACAGGAAGAAACAGUGAGACAGGCAUUUAUUUGCAGCAGUUUCCAUAUCCAUGCUACAUCUUUGAUCAGUUCAUUAUGGCACUAUCUCGUACUUUUCCUCUUUUCAUGGUCUUAUCUUGGGUUUACUCCAGUGCGAUGAUUAUCAAGUCUGUUGUGUAUGAAAAGGAACAUCGUCUGAAAGAAGUAAUGAAGGUCAUGGGUCUCAAUAACGGAGUCCUGUGGCUAGCUUGGUUCAUCAAAUCCCUUCUCAGCAUGAUAGCGUCUUGUUUCCUGCUCAUGCUUAUACUUGUGUAUGGUAAUGUUAUGGAGAACAGUGAUCCUGGUGUAAUAUUCGUUUUUCUCCUGUGUUACUGUAUAUCUACCAUCAUGUUAUCAUUCUUCUUCAGCACUUUAUUUUCUCGAGCUAACAUAGCUGCAGCUGCUGGUGGUAUGUUGUUCUUUGUUAGCUAUAUACCUUAUCCUUUCUUAAUCAUGUGGGAGGACAACAUGUCUCUACUGCAGAAAGGUGGUGUUAGUUUAUUCUCCAAUGUCGCUUUUGGUUAUGGAUGUAGUUAUAUAAGUCAUUAUGAAGAGGAAGGUGUAGGAGCUCAGUGGUCAAAUAUUGCUACAAGUCCUAUUCCAGGGGAUGAUUAUAGUAUGUUGAAAGUUAUGUACAUGCUGCUUUUUGAUGGAGUAAUUUAUGGAAUUCUGACCUGGUACAUUGAAGCUGUAUUUCCUGGUCAAUAUGGUGUUCCAAAACCUUGGUACUUUUUUGUUACUAAGUCAUAUUGGUGUGGUAAAUCUGCAGGCUGCUCUGAUUUUAUUGAUAUCGAAUCCACAGCGAAUCAUAGCAAUAGGCAGGAUUUUGAAGCUGAACCUGAGAAUUUGAAAUUAGGUGUGUCCAUUCAUCAUUUGACCAAAAUAUACUCAAAUAAGAAAUUGGCAGUUGAUGAUUUGAGUCUAAAUUUCUAUGAGGGGCAAAUCACAUCCUUUUUGGGACAUAAUGGAGCUGGAAAAACAACUACUAUAUCAAUUUUAACUGGAAUGUUUCCACCAACAUCUGGAACUGCAAAAAUAUAUGGCCAUGAUAUUCGCAGUGACAUAGAUUUGAUACGUAGAAGUUUAGGUACUUGCCCACAGCAUAAUGUAUUGUUUGAUGAACUUACAGUUUUGGAACAUCUGUGGUUCUAUGCUCGGCUGAAAGGUGCUGAUGAAAAAGAGGUGAUUGAAGAAGCCAAUGAAAUGAUUAAGGACAUGAAUUUGUUGCCUAAGACCAAUGAAUUAUCAAAGAACCUAUCUGGCGGAAUGCAGCGCAAAUUGUCUAUUGGCAUAGCUUUUGUUGGAGGUUCACAAACUGUUAUUUUGGAUGAACCCACUGCUGGCGUGGAUCCUUAUGCAAGGAGAUCAAUUUGGGAGCUGCUGCUGAAAUAUAAAGCGGGUCGAACUGUCAUCUUGACUACCCACCACAUGGAUGAAGCUGAUCUCCUUGGUGAUAGGAUUGCAGUGAUUGCUAAUGGAAAACUUCGAUGCUGCGGGUCUUCACUCUUUCUCAAGACCCGUUUCGGAAAUGGCUACUAUCUAACUCUUGUGAAAUCUUGUGACUACUCCAGUCUCAUGAGUCAUGAUCAGCGGAAUAGUCGAAGUUCUUCUAGUACAAUGAAAGACAAUUCCACUAAAGGAUCCAGUGAAAUAACAGAUGAAGGAGUUGCAGAUAUGUCAGCCACAGAUUCAAAAUCAGAUUUAUCUGAAAAUAAUGUUCUUUCUGAAAAUGGACCAAAUUCAGCAUCCAAUUCUCCUUGGGGUGGCUUGUGCCUUAUAUCCCAAGUAACAAAGUUCAUCCACACAUAUGUGGUUGAUGCUCGCCUCGUUGAAGAUGUGGGAUCUGAGGUGUCCUACCUCAUUCCUUUCUCUUCACAGAGAUCUGGAGAACUGCAAAAACUGUUCAAAGCACUUGAUGGACACUUGGAUGAUUUGCAUAUUAGCAGUUAUGGCAUAUCAGACACUUCUCUGGAAGAGGUAUUUUUGAAAGUUACUGGUGCUGCUGGAACUGUUGCUGACACAGAGGAUAGUCCAAUCCAUUCUCCAGAAGAUGAACUUAUAGAUGAUCAAGAUAAAGCAAAGAACAGAUGGUUCAGCUUACGCAAUACUUUGAUGCGUUUAAAACUGCACAGCAUUGCAAGGUUCUUUGGUAAAGAUGUCAGUGGUAAAAAUAUAAGUCCUGAUAACCCAGAGGAAACAGCUGUAAGGGAAAGUCUCACGGGAGGAAUUGGUCGGGACAGCAUUCAGCAUGUUGAUCUUCCACCAUUCCCAGAACUCUCGGACAAGCGUAUCCAAGGUGCCAAGUUGAUUCAUCGACAGAUGGUUGCUUAUCACUUGCGUCGUUUCCAUCACUCCCGUAGAAAUAUCAAAGGAUUGUUUUGUGAGAUUGUUAUGCCAGCUGGCUUCAUCUGUCUUGCCCUCAUAUUGGCCCUGUUUAUUCCUCCUCUAGUUGAAGAACCUCCUCUUGAGCUGCAACCAUGGAUUUAUGGCCCUCCAAAUAAUAUAUUUUUCAGUAAUGAUGAUCCUCGAAGUCCAUUAACACAGAAAUAUGUGGAUUCACUGCUAUCUCCAGUAAGCAUGGGAACUCGUUGUGUGAAAGGUCAUCCUCUUGAAGGUUUGCCUUGUGAACCUGUGAAGUUCAAUCGGUCUUUUUUAAUUGGUGAUGGUGAAGAAGAUAAAUCUCAUCUCGUACCAUGUGACUGCUCAAUUGGCACACAAACAUGCUCAGCAGAAGCUCUGGGGAAGACACCACCUCAUGUUGCUAUAAGCAGUGCAGAUGUGGUUUAUAAUAUGACUGGGAGGAACAUAUCAGACUGGCUCAUGAAAACCAGAAAAGCAUUUUAUAAGCAAAGAUAUGGAGGUUUUACAUUUGGACUGAAAAAUCCACUGGCUUCGUUUAACUUCACUUUUAUACAUUACAUGGUGAAAAAAUUUGCUGGAAGAGUAUUAAGCAAGGAUCAAUUGAUGCCAAUUCAUGAUAAAAUUAUUGAUUUAGAGACCAAAAUGAAGAGCUUGGAAGUAUUUGACAAUAUAAAGGUGUGGUUCAAUAACAAGGGCUGGGCAUCAUCAGUGGCCUACAUGAAUGCUGUCAAUAAUCUGAUAUUACGAUCGCAUUUACCUCCUGGUGCCAACAGCAGCUACUAUGGCAUAUCUGUCAUUAGCCAUCCAAUGAACUUCACUCAGAAUCAGCUACAAGAUGAAGUUUUGGAGCGGCAAGGAUUAGGGCUGAUGCAUGCUGUAUGUCUUAUAUUUGCUAUGUCUUUUGUGUCAGCAAGUUUUGUAAUGUUUCUCAUAGAAGAUAAAAUAACUGGAUCGAAACAUUUGCAAUUUGUCAGUGGAUUGAAACCUGUUACCUACUGGAUAUCAACUUUUAUGUGGGAUCUGUUGAAUUACAUGAUACCAUUUUGCCUGUGCAUAUUGAUAUUCUACUCGUUUGGAGAAAAGGCCUACGUUUCUGUAGACAACAUCGCUGGUUUCUCCUUACUACUUUUCUUAUAUGGAUGGUCAAGUAUUCCUUUGAUGUACCCAACCACAUACCUUUUUAAAGUUCCUAGCUCAGCUUUCGUUGCACUAGCUUGUUUAAAUGUCUUCAUUGGGAUUGUGACUACUUUGUCUACUUACAUUUUAGAACUUUUUACAGAUAAAGAACUGAGAGAUAUUGCUGGGAUUUUGAAGCAAGUUUAUCUAAUUUUCCCUCAUUACUGCCUCGGGCGAGGCCUUAUGGACCUUUAUUCUAAUCAACUUGCCUCUGAAACCCUAGCAAAAUUUGGAAUUUCAUUGUUUAGAAAUCCUUUAUCCUGGAAUUUUCUGGGGAGAAAUCUUCUUUAUUUAGGGCUUCAAGGAAUUAUCUAUUUUUCCUUAACACUCCUUAUAGAAUAUAAAUUUUUUAUCAGAAAACAAAAUUAUCCCAUUUUACCAUCUUUAUCAGAAGUUGAGGAUGAAGAUGUAGCAAUGGAAAGAGCUAAAGUCCUUGGUGGCCACUGCGAUAAUGCUGUCUUAAAAACAGAAAAUUUAACCAAAGUAUAUAAACCUGGUCAAUAUCCUGCAGUAAACCAGCUAUGCAUUGCUGUGAAACCUGGAGAAUGCUUUGGUCUUCUUGGAAUGAAUGGUGCUGGAAAGACGACCACAUUUAAAAUGUUAACAGGCAACAUACCUAUUACAUCUGGAAAUGCUUAUAUAGCCGGUCACAGUAUCAAAACCGACAUCGAUAAUGCUCGUCAAAGUAUUGGGUAUUGUCCUCAGUUCGAUGCCCUAGAUCCGCAUCUGACUGGCUAUGAACACUUGGAAUUUUAUGCACGUCUUAGGGGAAUACCAGAAAAACAUGUUCGCAAGGUUGCUGCGUGGGGCAUUAGAAAGCUGGGCCUUCUCCCUCAUGGCCACCGAUGUGCCGGAACUUACUCUGGUGGAAAUAAAAGAAAACUGUCGACAGCCAUUGCUCUGAUUGGAAAUCCUUCUGUGGUGUUUUUGGAUGAACCUACCACAGGCAUGGAUCCAAAAGCACGAAGAUUUUUGUGGAACUGCAUCAUAGACAUUGUGAAAGAAGGAAGAUCAGUCAUUCUUACUUCUCACAGUAUGGAAGAAUGUGAAGCGCUGUGUACUAGAUUAGCAAUUAUGGUAAAUGGACAAUUCCACUGCUUAGGUAGCAUACAACAUUUAAAAAAUAAAUAUGGCAAUGGAUAUACAUUGACCCUGAGAGUAGCAAAUGCUCUUGAAGCCAUGGAGAAGGUGCAAAGAUUCAUUGAAGGCACAUUCGGGUCUUCGGCCUCACUCCAAGAACACCACCUCAACCAGAUGGAGUAUCAGCUUGCUCCAUCUCUCUCCUUAGCAUAUGUGUUCCAGGAGCUGGAGCAGGCAAGAAACAGCCUGAGUAUAGAAGAUUACUCUGUCUCACAGACAACACUUGAUCAGGUGUUUAUAAGUUUUGCAAAAAUGCAAGCAGAUGUAACUGAAGGAGUUCCUACAGAAAGCAUAGCCCAUCAAAUUGUUAGAAAUAAAAGAAGAAAGAGAAUAAAAGGUGGCAGUGAGAAUGGUGCUGCAGUUCUGGGCGAUAUCGAGUUGCUGGUUCGACACACGCAUUCGCCCAGUGCCAGCCAAUCCCCUGCACACAUGCUGUGAGAAGGACUUUCUCUCUCUCUCUCACUCCUCUCAAACCUGCCAAAAAGCUCAUCUGUACGAUGAACUUCUACACAGCUAGUGCUGUGUUUGUAUAAAGACAAGCUAAAAAAAAUGUGUUUUGUUUCAGUCUGAAAACAGUAAUUUUGAUAUUUUCUAUUUAUUAUAGCUGUGAUAUAUGUUAUCUUUGUGUGUAUUUGUGCAUCUUGACAUAUGUACAUUCUAUGCAUUAUCUGCAUAGGCGUAAUUUCUUUCGUAACAACCAAGAUUGACCAUUUGUGCAAAAAAUAAAUUUGUCUCUGUUUUUCUUUA